CUGUCGUGCAUCAUUCGCAGCACCAACACGGACCAAGACGUCACGAGCCGAACAAGCAUCGACCAGCAGCCUCCAGGCAAGUAUGGCUCAUUCCGCAGUGAAAUCGUUGAGUCCUGGGACGAAAGCUUUUCAUUGGCUCCGCGAAGAGCGGGGCGGGAGCGGUGGCAUUGCAAAUGGUGUUUCUCGCCGGGCGGGUUCGGGGGCGUGUGUCCGGUGCUACUCUCCGGCAUCUUCCCAUUGCCCGAGGGUUACGCGUACACGUGGGGCGGUGGGAGAGGAGCACUGGAAUGGCUUGAAAGUAUCGAAGAUGAAUACUGCACAGCCAGGACUGCUUAUAUAAGUGGUGCGAAGCGAAUCACUGAUUCCUAUUGCACUUUUGGAAUUGACACUGAGGAAGAUAAUAUUCUGUUAAGGAAAUGCAUACGAAUCUGCUUUCGUGGUAUUGUUACACACUGUUGUAAAAGCACCCAAGUGGAACUUUUAAGCGCCCUAUUGAAACUGCAACGUGAAUAUGUCCCAGCGAUUGAGGUACUGCUUCAAAUUUUCACUCUCUGA